CCGCAUGCCGCCGCCUCCGCCGUACGUCGAGCCACCGCCGUACUCCGAAGAGGAGGUGGUGGAGACGGUGGAGGAGGAGGGGGAGGAAGACGACGACGAUGACGACGGCGACCACCACUACCACGCCGCCGAGGAGGACGACGAUGAGAGCGCCAACGAGAACGGCGACGACGACGACGAUGAUGACGAUGAUGACGACGACGACGGCCAUGAUGACGGCCACCACCGCCACCACCACCAUCAUCAUCAUCAGGAGGUGGAGGAGAAGGACGAGGAGGGAGCGUGGAUUUGAGUGGUGGGAGGAGAUGGCCGGUCUCCGCCGCCCUGCUGCUGACCCUUUGCCGCCGCCCCGCCGCCCAAGUCUUCCCCGAACGUCUGUAGAAUAGUAUUGUACAACAUC